GAGUGUGCAAAGAGCACCAAAUCAGGGCUUGGGAGGGCUUAGGGAAUUCCCUGUGCAUCGGAGCCGGGCUGCUGCGAUGCCAAGGGUUCUGGCGAUGCCAAGUGCCCCCAGGGGGUCCGGGAGAAGCGACCAUGUCUAUCGCCGCCUCCAACACCAGCAUGAGGGUGCCCGCCGGCUUCCGGAACCUGCUGGAGGGGCUGGCACGGGAAGUGCUGCGGGAGCAGCCCACCAACGUGGUGGCCUUUGCAGCACAGCACUUCCAAAAGCUGCUGGAGCAGAGGGAGGCUGGUGGCACUGACCCGGUGGCGUGGGGAGCCAUGCUGGAGGACGAUCGUCUCACCUGGCCUCCUUCCAAGGACCUGAAAGAGGCCAAGGACAUGGAGGGGGAGCAGGGAGCACCAGGCGGUGCAGGCAGCACACACAGCUCUGGAUCACUGUGAUUCCACCCCAAAACGUGUGGAGAGGAGCCAAAGGGGAGCAUGUCCCCAUAACCCUAAUGAACUGGGACACCUCUCUGGAGAUGCAACUGCAGCACUUGCCCUCAAUCCCCCAUUUCCCACUGUCCAACCCCAAAACCAAAAAAAACCCCUUGGUUCUCCCUUGGCUCCUGCCCUUUUCCCAUGGGUGGGUACUGCACUCCCAUCCUGCCCCUGCGGUGCUGUUUUAAUGAGGAAUUUUAUUAACGAGGUCCCCGCUGUUAUUAGUGUCGAUCACCUGAGAUUUCUCCCCGAAAAAUCCUGGUUUUGGGGCUGAGCUGAGCACGGGAUGAUAUUUUUAGCCUCUAUAUUUAGGCCCCUGCAUCCCUGGAGGUUGGAAGAAACUUCAUAACAUCCCA